GGCCUCGGUAUUUACGAUGCAAUGCCGCGAUCAGGGCGUACAAGUGGAGACGAGUUUAAGGCAGCGCAAGCCACUUCCCAGAGAUCCUCGCGUUUAUGACGAUCAAACCACAACCCUAAUGAAUUCUACGAGCCUAAAAAAUCUUAGUAAAAUCACCACAAGUCAUGUGCUAGCCUCUACCGCAUCCAGUUGCUAUGAGUUUCAAUACGGAACAUCAUGUGAACAACACCACCACAGGCCCCACCGACAUCCACCGCAUUACGCACAAUUCCAAGAACUAAAUCCACAACCAUUAAAGUACAAUUACCAAUACAACAGUAAAAGUCACAAUACAUAUGAAGACAAUGGACUCGUCCCAGAUGAGUUGCAUGAAAUGAAGUGUGAUGCUCACCGAAUACGGAAUGAUGAAUGUGAGCAACACAACAAUGAGACGCCGUACAAUGAUACACGUCUCGACGCCGGCGGUUGUAUGCACAAUCAGAGUGCGGCUACUGGUUAUGUGGCGGGCAGUGGUGCUGGUGGUGGAGAUGGUGCCAAGACAAUAGUACACCCAAUGAGUCUACAUCCGAAGGCCUGCUCUCAAACGGCCCACAACAAUGUUGGUGAAUCCAACACAACAAUUGUAACACGCAAAGGAUAUCGCAAUGAACCGCCUAAGGGACUGGAGCGGAAGCAGCAUGUGACACAAAUAACGGCAGCACCGUUGUUUGGUUUGCCCACCGUGGAGGAGAUCGAGUUUAGAGCCAUAAAAGGUCGUAAAAUCCUCAUAUUCGGUGGUAUUGAUCCCUACUGCCAGCAUUGCCAACAUGACAAAUUGAUGGCCGUGCAGGAGGAACAACGUAGACGAGCGAAAAUUUUGGGUGGCAGUGAUGCUGAUAAUUUGGAUCCAUUGCCCUAUCAGACCGGUGUUGGUGGUUGCAAUUCGUGUGGUGGUGUAAAUCCUCAAGCUAGUCAACUCGACAAUUAUGGUGAUCGCGUUCUUUACUACCACAGUGGCGCUGCACAAUGGAAGCAUUUGUGUUAUUUGCCAUUUGGUUCGAGGCAUCAUCAUGCCGCGGUUGUUUGUAAUGGACUCAUCUACAUCGUCGGUGGUACGAAGACGGCACUGGGUUGCACUAAGAAGUCGAUUUUCGAAAAAUCCGUUUGGAGCUUCGAUCCACUAUCCCUGAAAUGGUCUUUUGAGUGCAAUUUGCCAGAGCUGCGUCGCGAUUUUGCGGCCAUUGUUAGUGACGAGUAUUGCGGUGGAGAAGUACCGUGUGGGCAUUUGAAAGGCCUGAAGGAACCGCCGAAGGUGAAAAAUGUCAAAAGUGUUAGUGGUUUUUUUGUGAUUGGCGGUGAAGGGGUUAAUGGUUCAGCACUGCGUACGGUGUGGUACUAUAAUGUACUGAGGAAAUUAUGGAAAAAGAAAGCCCCUUUGAAUGUGGGUCGCUAUGGCUUGAUGGCUGCUAUGGUGAAUAACGAGAUUUGGAUAGCUGGCGGCAUAAUCGAAACCAAAACGAGAACAAUUGACAUCUAUAACGGUUUCGUCGCUGCCACUACAGUAGCGGCAGCAGCGAAGGGGACUAAUACUCACAGAAGCGGUUUCGGUGCAGGUGGCGUCGGUGACGGUGGACAUGCAGCAGACAAUGGUAGUGGUGACAAUUUUGCUGCCGAGGCAACAAAAAGCACAAUCGUCGAUGUAAUCACUGAUACGAUGGAGUAUUAUAGCUUGAAGUGUGCUUACAUCGACGAAUACGUUUCGGAUAUGUUGCCAAUGGCUAAAGUCAAUGAUGUGAAUGGUGAUGCUGCUCCAGUUGCCAUCCCUACUGCCGGUGUAGUUGAUGGUGGUGGAGGCAUGUUACCGCCUACAAUUGGUCGGUUGGGUGGUGGCGUUGAAGUCGGACGUUGGAUUAAGGCGAAACAGCGUUUGCGUAUACCACGACUUUUCGGCAAAUUCUGUAGACCUUCAGAAAAUGAAUUAUACGUCGUUGGUGGCAUUGGAUUCAAUUCGGAGAAUAUCCUAACAUCUCUGCCCUCUUUGGACCACUAUAACUUUAGUGAAGGGCGUUGGCAUCACUAUGGCGAUAUGGAGUGGGCGAGACAUGGGCAUGAUAUUGCCACACUUAAUGAUAGUAUUGUAAUUAUUGGCGGCGUUUCUACAAUCAAAAAAUGUACACUAACAAAAGUGGAAACAUUUUGCAUGAAAACGCGUAGAAAUCUUAAGGACAUACCAGAAUUGCCUUGGCCAUUGUCUGGUAGUGCGGUGCUCGCUUUAGAUUGAUUGAUUUUCAGAAGCGAGUAGAGAUCAGCAAUCACUUGUUGUGGGUCAACAGCGUGUAGAUCAACAAUAAUGACAACGAUUGGAAAACAGCGUCUCGCUGACAGCGAGUGGCGACAAAUAGAGAUUACAAUGUGCAAUUGGGCAUGCAGAUAUUGAAAUGUUUUUGUUUUAGGUUACUCUCUU